UUCAAGUCGGGCGGAUGUGUGCUCAUUCAGAUCGAUGAACAUGUGUAUGUAGUUGACAGUGAACAGAAAAAUCUCUCUGAAACCAUGGAACAGGAAUCGCCACGCAAAGACCGUCUGUUGGUAGCUGCAAUUGAUUUUGGGUCAACUUAUUCAGGCUAUGCUUUCUCCUUCCUGUCAGAGUAUGAGGAAGACCCAGAGAAAAUACAUACAAAUCUAAAUUGGAUUGCAGGGGGCUCCUUGGCCUCCGUGAAAACUGCUACAAGUGUUCUACUGGAUCCGGACAAGAAACUGUUACGAUUUGGUUACGAGGCUGAAGAUAGGUACAACCAAAUUGUAGAAGAGUCUGAAGAUGAUGAUAUCGGUGAAAGAACCUACGAGAGAUAUUACUACUUCAGACAAUUCAAAAUGUCACUGUACAACUGUGGUGGGGUUCUUACUAGAAAUACGAUGAUAGAGGAUGAAACUGGGAAAAAGCUCCAGGCAAUGUUGGUAAUAUCCCUGUCUAUCGGUUACAUGAAGAAUCACAUGCUGACUCUUAUCAACAAGAGAUGUAUUGGUGUGGAGGAAAACGAUAUCCACUGGGUCAUCACAAUUCCUGCCAUCUGGGACGACUCCGCGAAGCAGUUCAUGCGCGAAGCUGCAAUCAAUGGUGGCAUACAAGCAGACCAGCUGUCCUUUGCACUGGAACCGGAAGCAGCUUCGCUUUAUUGCCAAUUAGUCAAGGUAAUAUUGUCUGAGGAAGGCACAUCGACACAAGCAGGUGCGAAGAGGAAAUCAUUCAGGUCGUCGCGAGCGGGCACAAAGUACAUGAUACUUGAUCUUGGAGGAGGAACAGCGGACAUAACAGUUCACGAGUCUCAAGUGGAUGGGAGGCUGAAGGAGAUACACGAACCCUCGGGGGGACCCUGGGGAGGCACAGCUGUUGACAGGGAAUUCUUCAAAUUUCUGAUGGAAAUAUUCGGAGACAAGGCAGUAGAAAACUUCAAAAGAGGAAAUAUGACUGAUUUCGUGGAAUUAUGCAGAGAUUUUGAAAUGAAAAAACGAACAAUUACAGGAGAAUCAACUGGAAAAGUGUUUCUGAGACUCCCUCCGUCUUUCAAGGAAACUUUUGAAGAUAAUUCAAACAUCCCUUUCAAUGUUGCUCUUAGCGAAUCUGAGUAUGGAGAUAAAGUGCAGUGGGUGAAAGGCAAGUUGAAAAUAGACGUAGAUGUGGUGAAAGGAUUUUUUGAAGAACCAAUACAGAAAAUCACCAGUCAUGUAAGGAAGCUGUUGAACAAAAUAGGCAGGAUCCAAAUGAUUCUAAUGGUCGGAGGAUUUUCAGAUUGCGACCUCGUCGAGAAAGCCGUUCGUGACAAUUUUCCAGGUGUUUCGAUUUUGAAUCCCAAAGAUGCCGUCCUUGCAGUUUUGAAAGGCGCUGUCAUAUUUGGCCACAAACCCAUGGCGAUUGUGUCUAGGGUGGCAAGGUACACAUACGGAUUUGAAGCCUGGCCGACGUUUGACCCGGAAGUUCAUCCACAUCAGCAGAAAGUGUGUUUUAAUGGCAUUGAAUGUUGUAAGGAGGUUUUCCACCCUUACAUUCGACAAGGAACUGUCAUCGAUUGCAAUGACUCCACCACUUUUACGCAUCGCCCGAUAUCUGACGAACAGAAUGACAUGGCAAUUAACAUUUACAUAUCGGAGAGCGAGUCUCCAAAAUUUAUCACAGAUGCGGAUGUGCGAUCCCUCGGAACCCUCAAGUUUAAGCUCCCGGUUUUUCAACCCGGAAUGAAUAGAAAAGUACAAAUACGUUUUCAUUUUGGAACAACGGAGGUGUUCAUUAAAGCAAAAGAAGUUGAAACCGGGAUUAUACAGAAAGCGAUAUUUGACUGCUUAUAAAGACCAACAACUCUAAAUCUAACAAUACAGACAGAUGUUUGGAUGACUGGAUACUACCCGUGAUGUCAGAACUUGAACCUUACCGGAGCUUGAUAUGUUAUUGAACUGAUGCGUUUAUUUUUAUUAUUUUCGUCUAAAAUUUCCUUAUAUUUUUUCUUUAAACUUUUCCACUUGUUCAUUAUUUGAACUUUGAUCACAUGUAUUCCUUCACUGUUCAUCUCCUGCAAUAUCUUGCACCACAGCUGAUCAUGACUCUUGUUCCCGUUGAAUGUAUGGUCCAUUUCAAGUCUCAGCUGGAUGAAGAACCUCUCUUCCUUCUCUGUCCAGACAUGAAUCUGAAAGAAACUUUAGGUUUUCAACAAGAACUUGGUGAAACUGCUCCCUAGUUAAAACAAUUGAAUUUGAAACUAAGACAACCUAAAUGAAUCAUGACUAUUGCCAGUGCUGCCAGAUAUAAACAGGUCGUCACUGUCUUGGGAAGCAUUAUCAGUUUGUGAAAGUGAGGAGUUAAAUGAUGGCAAGCAAAUGGUGACUUCACCUGACGAUAUGAAAAUAUUGUCGACGUUCUUGUCCAUAUACAUGUAUGAUUUAUCAUCAGAUAUAUUCUUCAACAAAUUAUUAUUGGUACAUACUGUGUCUUUGGCUGUUAGGCCUACUUUAGGUUCCUCCGAUUUAGGCCUAUCUGAUUCUCUGUUGCUGUUAUAUAUUACUUUGAUUUAAUUUGAUUUCUGUAAAAUUGGUGUUUUUCAUGAUCUGCCAAAAAAAUAUUCAGAAGUUUAAAUAUGCAAAGAUUUAUGGAGGGAGUUAAAAAUAGCCUGUUACUACAUCAAACAAAAUGAAUAAAAAUGGCCUAAUGCAAGUGUAUUUCACGAAGAACCUAACGUUACAUUGGGUUUUAUACAUUUCUGAUUCAACCCCUCCCUUAUACUGGAAAUAGCCAUAAAACACACCUAAUAGGAACGGUUUCAAAAUAAAAUUGACUGAAUACUUUUAAAUACCUUAUCUCUUAAUGAAUGAAUGGGAGAUUCAUUACCAAGCUUUAAUCUUUUAAUCAAUCGUUUAAUCAAGAAAAUUGAAUGCAUAAUACUUUAUUUAACGUUAGCCCUAGCUCCGAAGAUUAAAACAUGAUAAUUCAUCAACAAAAUAUUGAUAACUGCUUACCGUACAGCAGCAUUCAGUACACAACUUUAUCAGUUACUUUAGACAGAAUUAUCAUUCAUAUCAGAUGAAAUCAAAGAUAUUAGCGCAAAUCAACACAAAACCCCAAUAUAGGCUUAUUAAGGAGUCGAAUUAUUUUUAAAUUUUGUUUAAUUGUUGUGAUAUAUCAAUUAACAAGGCAAUAUUUCAACUUACAAUUAUCCUCUCAUCCAUCGCCGCCAUCUUUGAACUCUAUUAACCUCGGGAAGAGCAUGGGUUGGUAUCGGGUAGGGUUCAAAGGUCAAACGAGUUAAAAUCUCGCCGUUUUGUUGAAACUAUGGUCUGUAGAGUUAACCCUAGAGUUUCAAGUGAACUCGCUCCAUGGAGUCAAGUCCUUAAUUGACCUUAGAUUUUAAUAGGACGUUUACCCUUUUCAACCAAAACAAACCAAUUUACCGUAUUCCAAACGCUCUCUCGACUUGCGCUGUCUGAUUUGCUGAGAUCAUGAUUUUGCGAACAGAAAACAAGGCGUGAUUUAAAUACGUUUAAAGGAGGAUAGUUUGAGGUUUACUUUAAAAAAGAACCUUCACACUUUUACAUUUAUGUCAUUGUUAUUGACGACCUAGAACUGUAAAACCAUUUCAUUAUUAUCUUACAAUUUAUACAGAAGUAAACUGAAAUUGUAAUUAUGUAUUUAUGUAUUUGCUUUAUUAGUGGAUGCAAUGAGCUAUUAUUUGUUGACACUGCUGCUGAUUAAGGAAAAGUAUGUUCGGUUUUCGACAUUUUCUUUUUUAUCCUAUGCAAUAAACUCCAAAGUCAAAUAAAGCUAUACUUUAAGCAGUU